UCCGCGCACGUUGGUUCCGGAGGCAGCGUGUGCGCGGGAGUGCGAGCCCCGUGCCGGUAUGGCGGCGCGCCCGGGCUGAGGAAGGUCGGGGGCUGCGCUGCGACUCCCUGCCUCCCACACGAGGCCGCCUAGUCGGCGCCCCGGUGCCCGGGCCUUUCGGGCCCUCGGCUGUUGCGGGUUCCACACGGACCGCGGCGGACGCGGACUGCGGCGCCCGCGAGCUCGGGGCUGGGUCGGGUCGGGGUCUGGAGUGCUCCUGAGGCCUGAGGCACCGGCUCUGGUCGGGCCGAGUCGGGCGACGGUUGGGCUGGGCCGGGUGGGGCUGAGGGAGCGCAGCGGAGGGAGGACGAGGCCGGGCGGCGGAGACCGAGGCCGAGGCCGAGGCGGAGGCCGGGCGGGCGGCGGGCGGGGCGCUGCGGCCGCGGCCAUGGCCGACGAGACCCCUCGGAAGGGCAGCUUCUCGGCGCUUGUCGGACACACCAACGGCCUCACCAAGCCCGCGUCUCUCGCCGCGGCCGCCGUCACCUCCAAGCCCGGAGCCGCCGGCGGCUCCAAGAAGCUCGUGAUCAAGAAUUUCCGAGACAGACCUAAAUUGCCUGACAACUACACUCAGGACACCUGGCAGAAACUUCAUGAAGCAGUGAGAGCCAUACAGAGUAGCACGUCCAUCAGAUAUAACCUGGAAGAGCUCUACCAGGCUGUUGAAAACCUUUGUUCUCACAAAGUUUCCCCAGUGCUCUACCAGCAGCUGCGCCAGGUCUGUGAAGGCCACGUCCAAGCACAAAUCCUUCAGUUUAGAGAAGACUCGCUAGAUAGUGUUUUAUUUUUAAAGAAGAUUAACACAUGCUGGCAGGAUCACUGCAGACAAAUGAUCAUGAUCAGAAGCAUCUUCCUGUUUCUGGAUCGUACUUACGUGCUUCAGAAUUCCAUGCUUCCUUCCAUCUGGGAUAUGGGAUUAGAACUAUUCAGAAACCAUAUUAUUAGUGAUAAAAUGGUUCAGACAAAGACCAUCGACGGCAUCCUGCUGCUGAUCAAGCGGGAGCGGAGCGGGGAGGCCGUGGACCGCAGCCUGCUGCGGGGCCUGCUGGGCAUGCUGUCCGACCUCCAGGUGUAUAAAGAUUCAUUUGAACUGAAAUUUUUGGAAGAAACUAAUUGUUUAUAUGCUGCAGAAGGCCAAAGGUUAAUGCAAGAAAGAGAGGUUCCGGAGUACCUGAACCAUGUGAGUAAGCGCCUGGGGGAGGAGGGUGACCGCGUGAUCACGUAUCUAGACCACAGCACACAGAAACCACUGAUUGCCUGUGUGGAGAAGCAGCUGUUAGGAGAACAUUUAACAGCGAUUCUGCAGAAAGGGCUGGACCACCUGUUGGAUGAGAACAGAGUGCCUGACCUCACUCAGAUGUACCAGCUGUUCAGCCGCGUGCGGGGCGGCCAGCAGGCGCUGCUGCAGCACUGGAGCGAGUAUAUCAAGACUUUUGGGACAACAAUUGUUAUCAAUCCUGAAAAAGAUAAAGAUAUGGUGCAGGACCUGCUGGAUUUCAAGGACCGAGUAGACCACGUGAUAGAAGUGUGCUUCCAGAGGAACGAGAAGUUCAUCAACCUGAUGAAGGAGUCCUUCGAAUCGUUCAUCAACAAGAGGCCAAACAAACCUGCAGAGCUGAUCGCAAAGCACGUUGAUUCAAAAUUGAGAGCAGGUAAUAAGGAAGCAACGGACGAGGAGCUGGAGAGGAUCCUGGACAAGAUCAUGAUCCUAUUCCGGUUCAUUCACGGUAAAGAUGUCUUUGAGGCAUUUUAUAAGAAAGAUUUAGCAAAAAGACUCCUCGUUGGAAAAAGUGCCUCCGUUGAUGCUGAAAAGUCUAUGCUGUCAAAGCUGAAGCACGAGUGUGGGGCUGCUUUCACCAGCAAGCUGGAAGGCAUGUUCAAGGACAUGGAGCUCUCUAAGGACAUCAUGGUUCAUUUCAAGCAGUAUAUGCAGAAUCAAAGUGACCCAGGCUCUAUAGACCUGACAGUGAACAUACUUACGAUGGGAUACUGGCCGACAUACACCCCCAUGGAAGUACAUCUAACUCCAGAGAUGAUUAAACUUCAGGAAGUAUUCAAGACGUUUUAUCUUGGAAAGCACAGCGGUCGAAAGCUUCAGUGGCAAACUACACUGGGUCACGCCGUGUUGAAAGCAGAGUUUAAAGAGGGGAAGAAGGAGCUGCAGGUGUCGCUGCUCCAGACGCUGGUGCUCCUCAUGUUCAACGAAGGCGACGGAUUCAGCUUUGAGGACAUAAAGAUGGCCACCGGGAUAGAGGGCAGCGAGCUGCGGAGGACGUUGCAGUCCCUGGCCUGCGGGAGGGCGCGCGUGCUGAUCAAAAGUCCCAGAGGGAGGGAGGUCGAAGAUGGAGACAGAUUCGUCUUCAAUGGAGAGUUCAAGCACAAGUUGUUUCGGAUCAAGAUCAAUCAGAUCCAGAUGAAGGAAACCGUUGAAGAGCAGGCCAGCACCACAGAGCGCGUGUUCCAGGACCGGCAGUACCAGAUCGACGCCGCCAUCGUCAGGAUAAUGAAGAUGAGAAAGACGCUGGGCCACAACCUGCUCGUUUCCGAAUUGUAUAAUCAGCUGAAGUUUCCCGUCAAGCCUGGAGAUUUGAAAAAGAGAAUCGAAUCUCUCAUAGACAGAGACUACAUGGAGAGAGACCAGGACAGUCCCAACCAGUACCGCUACGUGGCCUGAGGCUCGUGGCGGCUCCUCCCAUGAGACACUAGAAUGUAUCUUUAGGGCAGAAACACUUCUGUGCUGUUUCCAGGACUUUCUGGUACUCAGCAGCAUGGCUGCUUUGGGACUAGCAGGAAAGGGGGUCCUUGGCUCCUCCUUCACAGGCUCAAGGAUUUGCAGGUGGCUUGUGUACCUUCCCUCCAGUUCUUCCUCCUGUUCUGUUAGGCGUUUGGAUGGUUCCGUGGCUCUGCAGAGUGACUCUGAGGUCAGACAAGCAGAUCCUGGUUUCUUAAAAGAGGCUCCUUUGUAAGCUGUGUUCUCGUGGCAGAAGCUCAUGUUCGGUGUGUGUGUGUGAGACCCUCCGUGCUGCCCUUCUGUAGCUGCAGGGACACAAGCUCUUAGACCCAAAACAAGAACCCUUACUGGUGAACAUUAGGAAGAAACAGUCACUGUUAAAGCUGGCUGGUCGAUUAUGCAGCCUGGAUAGUAGCAUCUGUUCCAGGUCUUUCAACAAGGGUUAACCUCUGAGGAGUGGCUUUCAGGAUGGGGCUCCUUGGCGAGACCUCUGACGCACCAGGAGGACACCACGUCCGACGUGUGUGAUGCCGCGAGCCCGUCAGCGCCUUCACUUUUACUUCCACUGCGUCCCUUGUGGAUUUUCUGUUUGAGGGUUUAGAGGGGGGCAGUGUGUGUGUGUUUGCCGUUCUAAGAUUGAGUCUAGCAGCCCCGUUCUCUGCAUUGGGGAACUGCUGUUUGAUUUUUUCUAAUUGCAGUGUUUGUACGAUUGCGACAAUAAAGUUUGGUUUUGUUUUCACGGCCCUGGGCAGGGUGGCUGUCCUCUGCUGUAACCACUGUAAACGUUUCGGAGGAGACUUGACGUUGUGAGCAGGGGUGACCUCGGCGGCACCUGCUUGCAUUGCUGUGUGCGCGCAGCCGAGGCUGCGCGGCGGACGGUGACGUUCGUGUGGCACCUACAACAGACACUUCGCCGAGAGCAUUUGAAAGCGCUUGUAUUUUACACAUAGCAGGCUACAUUUUGAUUCAAAGCUACCAAAGGAAUUUUGAUCAUGGUGUAAGUGUUGAAAGCAAUAUUUUCUGGAAUAUACCAAGUUUAUAUAAUUUGAUUUUUGUGCUAAAUUAUUAAAAGAUUCUCCCUUUUUGAAACAUGCGUGUUUAAAAUAUGACAUCUUAUGGGUUUCCAUAUGAAAAUCCUCACUCUUUAAGUAUCAUCCUUAUUUCUAUAUUUGUAAAGUUUCAUUUGUGAGUUCAGUAACAGGUGGUUGGUAAGAGACCAGAUAGAUUCUACUUCUUAGACUUUAAGUUCAUUAUCUCUUGAUUGUUGACAUUGUAACUGAAUGUAGACUUACCCUGAAUAAAAUUAGUUUAAUUGGC